AUGUUGACUGAUUGUAAUGAUAUAUCGACGUAAUCAAAGGAAUAGAAAAACUAAUCAUCCAAUAUUCCAUAUUUUGUGUAUAAUUUCCCAUCAACCUCUUUAAUGGAUUUUCAGAACACUUCUAUUCCAUAACUUUAGAUGAGAAAUUCAAGUAAACAAUUUUGUAAAUAUGUAGCUGAAUCUGUUUUCAAAGAUAAUAUGUAAGUUCCUUCAUUUUUGUAAGGACUUACUGUUUCUAGCUUCUAAUUUAAUAAUUCAAAUUAGUUUUGUGUAAAUGAAUAAAAGCCAAUAUAUAUGCCACCAGUUGCAAGUGCUUUAGCAUCAUUUUUUAAUGAUCAAUCUACCUUUAAAAUUAAACAAGAAUGCAAGAAAAAUCGAAUUAUUAUAGGGACUUAAGUACUAUGCGAUAUUGAAAUUAUCUUUAUUUAAAGAUAUUUUGAUAUUAAAGCUUAGGUAUUAGUUCUCUAAAAUCUAAGUUAUUCUGCCCACCAAAUAUUAAAUAUACUUUGAAUGAAGAUAAAUCCAUCUCGAAUAUAUUAUGGUUAAAAGAUAGACUCAAGAAUAGAUACAAAAAGCCUGUAACUAUUGAAUAUAUAUUUUUAGAUAAAAGACUCAAUGUUUGAUUUGAUUAAUGUUAUUGCUAUUAUGGAUGAACAAGAACUACGAUAAAUUAAUGAGUUUCAAUAAUUUUAAAGUUAAGGUUUUGAUAAUCUAGAAAAAUAAGUACCAAAAUCAGUAAAAUAAGAGAAACCUUUUAGUGAGAUGAUGUUUGAAAUUUAAAUUCUAAUUGCUUAAUUUAUAUUGACAAAUUUUUGA